AUGAACCACACUAAGAGACGUCCAGAUGUGAGUGACCUCCUACGACCUCACGCGCCUUGGCGAGGUCGGCGGGUUUCAGCACUGGAGAGGAGGAGGCCGCCGCCCUCAGCGCCCUCGUCCAGCACCGGCUGCGCGUCCUGCAGAAUCCUCGCGAUUGCGCCUCCGCCAAGAAGAUCUUUUGCGACUUUAGAGUUGCCUGAUGCUACAAUUGUAUCCCUAAAAGGAGUUGCAGAAACAGAUGAAGGCCAGUGUUUAGAGAAAAUCCCUCUAAAUUCUAAGACACUGUCUCGCGUCUUUAAAAUAUGGCCAUUUCAGGGGCGAGGGAUAGGGAGCCAACUACACCACCUGAGCUACUGUUUCCUGGCGUCAUAUGGCACUCAGCGGACCUUGAUUCUAGAUACGAAGAAUUACAAUGGCAAUCCCGAAGGACUCGAGACGUUCUUCCUUCCUCUCAGCGACACUUGCACAAGUUACGACAAGUCUCAGAUGGUUCCUUGGCCAGGAAAGAAAGAUUCGCUCGUGGUGCGUUUCCCGAGUAUGGACAGACCGAAUCCGAGGCCGAACUAUUUUCCAAAGUCAAUCCCGAAGGACAUUUCCGAGCGUCUGGUGCGCCUCCACGGAGAUCCUUUUGCCUGGUGGAUGGGCCAGUUCUUCAAGUACGCCAUGAGGACGAACAAGGAUUUCCAGGAUUACAUUGAUAACCAAGCGCGAGAAAUGGGUUACGAGUCUCCUAUUGUAGGCUUGCAGAUUCGACGGUCUGACAAACUGAUACAUGAAGCAGUUUACAUUGACCUCAGUGUGUACAUGGAAGAAGUGGAGGGCUUCUACAAGCAGCUGGAGUUGCGUCAGCCUGUUGCGCAACGAAGGGUCUUCUUGGCCACUGACGAUCCAAAUGUAAUUGCUGAAAUAAAGCAGAAGUACCCGGAGUACAAGGUCGUGUACAACUCGGCCAGUGUCGACUCGACGCGCUUGAACCAGCGGAAGAAGAGUGAGAGUGUGAGGUAUUUCUUCGCUGAUGUUUACUUCCUCUCGCGGUCCGACUUCCUCGUCUGCGGGAUGACCUCCAACAUCUGCAGGCUGAGUUACGAGCUGAUGCAGAGCCUCCACGCGGACGCCUCGACCCGCGUGUCGUCGGUCGACAGAGAUUACUACUUCCACUACGAGGUCGGGAAUGUGGUCAAGGCUCGCUUCCCGCAUAAGCCUAGAAGGCCUGGAGAACUAGAAAUGCAAGAAGGAGAUGAGGUGAACCGAAACGACUUACCGACUCAUUUUCGCAAGCAUCCCAGCAAAGACAAUGGGUUUCUGUGGGGCAGGAACACGCGCACCAAAAAAUUUGGUUAUUACCCUGUUUACAAGACCGUCGAAGUUUUGAAGAGGGCAAAUAUCCAGUCCUUUGAAGACAUUGAUAGAAUAAUAAAACCGUAUAAUUAUUGUUACUUUUUACUUGACGUUUGUCUGAGGUUAGAGAAUUAUGUUCUCAAGGUUAAUGAUAUUAGGGACACGGACCAUGUCAUGAUCUGA